AUGGAAACUUUUGACUCAGACAGAAUGGCCAUUCGUCUAUUCUCAAUGAUUCAUCCUGGAGACAAGGUUCUUGUCCACCUUUCCGGUGGUAAAUCUUCAAUGGCUCUUCUUCAUUGCCUGCAUGAAUAUCAGAAUAUCCUCCUGCAGGAGAACACCGAUCCAACAAAUAAAAACAUUUUCGAAAUAGCUGCAGUCGUCGUUGCCUUACCCUAUGAGAACUAUGAUCUCCAACCUCUAGUCAGUUACCUUAAAGCCCUAGGAGUAACACACUUCUAUGAGAGACAAGACAUAAAUACUCACUGUUCGCACUCCUUUGAUCUCUGCUCAAGCGUGAAACAAAGGGUAAUUUAUAAUGUUGCUCGAAGAUAUGGGUAUAAUGUUCUUGCUCUGGCUCAAAAUCUUGAUGAAAUGGCAGCCAGCUUCUUAUCCUCAGUAUUCAAUAAUGGAAGUAUUCAAACAAUGGAAGCCAAUAUAGAACUCAAGGACCUUAAUCUGCGACUUAUUCGUCCACUUGCCUUCUGUCGUGAAAACGCAAUCGCGUCAUUCGUUGCCAAUGCCAAGUUGCCUGUGCUGAAGACAAUCUGUCCAAUAUGUGAACAAACACGAGUGGAACAAAACAGACUGAAGGAGAUGCUUACCGCAGAGGAAUUCAACAAUCCAAAUCUAUUCAGCAGUAUCAUCAAUGCCAUUUCACCACUACUUCAUCUAUCUUCUCAGUCUGAUGUUGUAAUGGAAACGGAUACAACGACGAGAGUUGUUACUUGGACCAAAUAG